AUGGCACAUUUGCUUGAUUACACCAUUGCCGAGAAGAACACUAGCAAGAUCAAGUGCGGAGUGUGCAAUAAAAAGAAGAAGGCCGAGCCUAUGCGCAUUGUUAAGUGCAACCACGUCUUCUGCAGCCAAUGCCUCUAUCAGGUCAUGUACAAAUCAACAACAUACUCCAGGUGUCCAACUUGCAAAAAGGCUUUUGACAAAUACGAGGUUACUCCAGUGCCAACUCUCUUAUCCAAGGCUGCCGAGUGUGCCUCAGACUUUGAGGAGUCCGGUAGUGAGGAUUCAGACGAUAGCACGCCUCGUAAAAAAAAAGCGCAGGAGAAGCGUCGCAAGGCACAAGAGAGACGCGAGAGGAAGAAGAAGUCGCGUCGCAAGUACGGCGGCGACUACAUCAACAACCUACCCGGACUUGAGGAGGGAGACUCGUCGUAUCUCAUGAUCGGCGUAAACGAGAAUAAUGGCGUCCCAUGCCCUGGGACAAAGCUGACAGUUGCCAAGGAGAUUGUUCUCCAGUGGCAGAUGGAGGCGCCCAACGACAAGAUCAUUGUCUUUGUCGAGUUUAUCAAGACCGCGAUCUUGUUGGGCAUCGUCCUGAACCUGGAAGACAUCCCGUUCGUCUACCUCAAUGGUAAGCUCACAUCGACUGAGAAGCUCAGAGCGGUGGACGCCUUCAAGAAGGAUCCAAAGGUCAAGAUUCUUAUUGCAUCGAUGAAAGUGGGUGGACAGGCCCUGAACCUGACCUGCGCGAAUAGGGUCAUCCAGAUCGAUUCGUGGUGGAACGAGGCCGCGGGCGACCAGGCAAACGGGCGUGUGAAUCGAAUGGGCCAGCUGAAGCCAUCCCACGCUGUCGUAAUAAAGGCCCGGGGUACCAUUGACGAGUACAUUACGAACCUGCAGGAUCGCAAGACGGGGGAAAUCGAACACACAUUACAGGAUGACGGCCGCAACACCGAGGUACUUGGUGAGUACGAGACCAUGGCCAUCACCGCCCCCUCCGCAUGGCAGGCGCUCAAGCAACGCAUCAUCGACGACAUCGAGCGAGAGAAUGGUCCGCAGGGCAUUCGAUGA